UAGGAUGCCAACUUUGCCUAACGCUCGCCGGUUUUCAACAAAUCCCAUAAGUCCAUAACUCUUCUUUUAUCUCUCUAUAAAAUCAGGACCCUCGAGAACUCCGCUUAGUUCCUUGUUCUUGAUUUUCAUAGCUAAAACCCCACUUCUUCUAUUGGUAAAACAUGUCGACCGUGAGACUUCCUUCUGCUUGCCUGUUCAAAGCCACACCUCAGGCCCAAACAAAGAGUACAUUCGUUAAAAUCCCAUCUUCCCUGGGAUCAGUAAGGAGCAUCUCUAAAUCCUUCGGCUUGAAAGCUGAAUCUGGAUUUAGAGUAUCGGCAAAUGUGUACAAGGUCAAAUUGGUUUGUCCGGAUGGCACGGAACACGAGUUUGAAGCACCUUCUGAUACUUACAUCCUCGAUGCAGCUGAGAAUGCUGGAGUCGAACUCCCUUAUUCUUGUAGGGCUGGUGCUUGCUCGACUUGUGCUGGGAAGAUAAAAUCGGGCACUGUUGAUCAAUCGGAUGGUUCUUUUCUGGAUGACAACCAAAUGGGAGAGGGAUAUUUGCUCACUUGUGUUUCGUAUCCGACCUCUGAUUGUGUGAUCCACACUCACAAGGAGGAGGAUCUUUACUAGAUAAUCAAGUUUGUAAGUUAUGAUGAUGAUCGUGGUGCUGAGGUAAAGCAGCUAGAAAUUUGCUUCUUUUUCCCCCUCUAUUAUUGGAACUAAGGUUCAAUCAAGGACAUCUUUUGUUUCAUAAAAUGCUUAUGUAAUGGCAGCCUUUCUUAUAUAUGAAUGCCUAGUGGUUUUAUAUUUUGCCCAAA